GAGAUAAAUUCCGUCUUGUGUUGGCGACGACGUUACGUGAGGAUGGAUAUCCAGAUGGUAACGAGUGGAAUCCUAUAGAACAGGAAGGUGGUUCCAGGGCGGACAGUUUUGAAUAUGUUAUGUCCGGCAAGGUGUAUCGAAUUGAAGGCGACGAAGCCAAUAAUGAGCCCAGUAGCAGAUUAUCAGCCUAUGUAUCUUUCGGGGGUCUACUUAUGAGGCUACAAGGCGAUGCGAACAAUUUACACGGCUUUGAGAUAGACCAACAUAUGUAUUUACUAAUGAAAAAACUUGCAUUUUGAUUUUUGAUUUUCUAUCACACAUUGUCAAUUUUUUAUCAUUUAAAAUUUCUUUCAACAAAUAUAUCUCUUAUCACCGAAAAAACUUGUAUUUCAUGUUUUAAUAUAUAAUAUACAUAUAUAUAAUCAACUAAUUUAUUAUUAUUUUUAUAAUAAUCAUGGAUUACAAUAAUAAACAAUAGUUGCAUAAAAUUUUCUUUUAUUUUUUAAAAAUUUACUCAGACAAGUUUACAUAUAAUAAUUUUACAUUUCAACUAAAUUAUCACAUGAUUUGAGCUUACUAUUGCUAUGAUUACUAAAAGUUAAGGAAAUAAAAAUAUUUUUCAUGU